AUGGCGGCCCCGGCGCCUCACGUCGCGGUGCUCGCCGCCGUCCUCCUCCUCCUCCCGUCCCUCCUCGCGCCCCUCGCCGCCGUCGCGCAGCCGACCAAGGGCGCCAAGGCGUUCUGCAUUAGCCAGUUCGCCAUCGCCAGCCAGGCCUGCUCCAUCCUGCCGCCGAGUCCGCCCGACGAGCACCACCACCACGACGAUGAUGACGAGGACGAGGAUGACCACGACGACGACGACGAGCAUCAUGACCGCGACCGUCGUCGCAGCCACCACGCGGCGGCCGUCAGCAUCUCGGCCCUGAUGGCGAGGAGUAACGGCAGCCACGGCGUCGUCGCUGGGAACCGCACCGUUGGUCACCACCAACACCAAGGGAUCCGCACCCGCGCCGGGCACGGGCGCGGGCGCGGUCGAGGCCGUGGGCGGGGCCGCCGUGGGCAGGGCCGCCGUGGGCGUCUGGGGGACGACGGCGACGACCACCAUGAUGCCGACGACCCUGACCACGACGAUGAUCAUGCUGACGACGACGAGCAUCAUGACGACGACGAUCACAACGACGACGAAGACCACCACGACACUGACGACCCCGACCACGACGAUGACCACGACGACGACGAGGACGACGAGGACGAGGAUGACGAUGACGACGAACACCACCACGACGAGGAGCUCCGCGCGUACCGCGACUGCUGCCGAUGGCUCAAGGAGGUGCAGAAGGACUGCGUCUGCGAGGCGCUGCUGCGGCUGCCCCCCUUCCUCGUCAAGCCGCAGCACACUUACGUGGUCAGGGUCGGCAGGACGUGCAAGAUCACCUACCGCUGCGGCGGCGUCUAG